AUGGCUAUGAAAGAAUGGCUGCAGUGGCUUCCACCACCUCGCUCCUUGAUGGCAUUGCUGAUAGCCAUAACAGGUUUUGGUGGUCGGAUGUGUGCAGCUUAUGUCACCCACUCACCAACUCUCCUGGUGGAUGCUUGUCACUCCUUGUGUAGACUGGUGGGACUCAUCACCACACUGUUGGCGUAUAAGUACCAAAGAGCUGAUGAAGGUGCUGGGCGCGAGGGUCGUCUCCGGAACACAUUCGGCUGGACCCGCAUUGAAGUAGUUGGGAGGUUAUCCGUUCAUGUAUUGUUUGCCUCCUUCGCUCUAGCCCUAGUAGUGAACGCCCUACAGCUGGGAGUUCAUUCCUCACAUGUAACUCCGCCCAAAUUCCCUCGGGUCAUCGUCCUGAGCGCUGUUGUUGGACUUUUGUUGCACGCUACUAAUUAUAUGCUACUCGCUGGUCGAGAGUUGAGUUACAGUCGUCGUCUGAGUAUAGCCGAAGGUGGUGAUGUGGUUCUGAAGUCAGGAACCGCUGAGCCUGUACUGGCUCACGCGCCCACAGACAUAGCCAGCAGUUUAUUCGUGAUGGCAGCCGGUCUGACCCUGGAGUGGGAGCCAGUAGCCGCCAGGAUAGCUGACCCGGCGCUCUCAGCAGCCGCUGCCAUCACACUCGUUAUAUUCAACUAUCCAUUCAUGCGUUCUGCCGGCCUGGUGUUAUUGCAGACAGUGCCAGAAGGCCUGGGCCCAGGGUCUCUUCGUGAGGCGGCCCUCCGAGUGAGAGGAGUACUCGCCAUACAUGAGCUACACGUGUGGCAACUACAUAGAGACAGAAUCGUUGCCACGGCUCAUAUAUUUUAUGAGUCGCCCGAGGACUACCUCAGUAGCGCGGGUCUCGUCUGUGACAUUUUCAAACGUCACGGCAUCAGCCUGGUAACUCUUCAACCAGAAUUCAUAGUUACACCGGAUUCAGAUGCAGAAGAGAGGAAGAUGCUGAUAGAAUUCGCUAACACGGCCUGCUCGUGUCCUUGCGCGAAAGACUGCUCAGCGCCAAGAUGCUGUCAAACGCCACAACGACCCUCGAUCACACGCAUCUGA